AUGGACGCGACAACUGGAGGAAUAGAGCAGAUUCUCAUCUAUGAGUACAUGCACAAUGGUGACCUCGAAGGAUGGAUCGGACCAGGAGUGAAAGUGCCUCUGACUCUACGGCAGCGCUUUGACGUGCUCAUAGGGGCGGCCCAGGGCUUGCAGUACCUACACAGCUUCAACAUCGUGCAUCGCGAUAUCAAGCCCGCCAACAUCCUGCUUGACCAAAACAUGCAGGCCAAGGUAGCUGACUUUGGGUUGGUGCGGAUAAGCAAAGGCACUACUGUUGGAGCAACGCGGGUGAUGGGAACAAUAGGCUAUGUGGACCCUGCAUACUCGUGGACACAGAAGGCCACUCCUGCAGCAGACGUGUACAGCUUUGGAGUGGUGAUGCUGUCAGUCGUUACUGCAUGCAAAGGAGUGGUCCACUUGGCAGGCCACACAGCCGUGAAUUCCCUGGAGGACAACCGGAUGACGCUCACUGAUUGGGUGAAACCCCUAGUAGACGCAGAGAACGCAGACACCAUCAAGGACCCCCGUCUAGACGCCCCAAGCCACAUCAUCCUCCGCAUCGCCCGUUUCGCCCUCUCCUGCACCACCAUGCCCGUGACCAACCGCCCCACCAUGGCCCGUAUUGUUUCCGAGCUUAUGGCUAUGAAAGAGGAGUGCUUUGGGCCAGAUACCGACCCAGUGUUGCAGAAUGUGGACCGGGAUUUGGAGGACAUGCGGGUCUCGAGCUUCUCCCAGGAGCUUCGGAGAGCGAGCCGUGCUUCCGAACGGGAAGGAUCGGGUUUUAGUAUGUCAUUAUUAUUACAGCGGAUAGCGAUCCCUUCGCUAGUUUCCAUGGCUCCUCAGUGGCGCCUCCACAACACGAGCGUGCUUCGCGCUUCCGGCACCUUAUUUCUCUUCAUCGCCAUCGCAUUGUUUCUGAUGCCAGUAGCGCGCGCUCAACAAUGCUCGAGCUCUUCGCCGUGCAACCCGCCGAGCCUGUGCUGCAGCCAGUAUGGCUGGUGUGGAAGCAACGACUCCUACUGCGGCGCGGGAUGUCAGAACGGGCCGUGCACUGCCACAGGAGGCACCGGCUCAUCUUCCUUCCGCCGCAUCACCUACUUCCCCAACUGGAGCGGCAUCGACCCCAGCACCAUCCAAGUGAACCACUUCACUCACAUCGUCUACGCCUUCGCUGCCAUCAGCCCCGAUAAUUACACUGUGGUGCCCUCUGAUUGGUGGACAGACGUCUCUGGCGGGCUCUACAAGCGCUUCACAGCAGCCAUCAAGGCCAAGAACCCCGCUGUCAAGCCAAUUCUCUCCAUCGGCGGCGGUGACGCUGUCAGUGCACCGCGUUUCUCUUACGUUUCAGCUACUCAAGCACGGCGCUCGAAGUUUAUCAACUCGGCGAUUGCUCUAGCAAGGAAGUAUGGGUUUCAGGGGAUUGACAUAGAUUGGGAGACUCCAAAGGGUGUUCCAGCGCGCUUUUCAGCACUGAUUCAAGAUUUCCGGGCAGCUAUUGAUGCUGAAGCUGCCCAGACAGGUCGGGAGAAGCUCACGCUGUCAGCAGCUGUGCCGGGGUAUACGGGGGAGAUAGACUCCAGCUUCCAUAUCCCAACACUUAACAAAGUGCUGGACUGGGUGGGAAUCAUGACAUAUGACAUGCAUGGGGAGUGGGAAGCAGAGACUGGAGAACACACAGCCCUGGAGGACAAGAAAAACCCAUUGGCAAGCAUUAAGGGGUCUAAUGCUGUUAAUCAUGGGGUCGGCGUGCCUGCUAAAGGAGGUCCUACUAUGAGCUACAAGGAGAUAGUCACGUUCAUCGCGAAUGGUGCUACGCCUGUGUUUCAUUCCCCCACUUCGUCUAUGUAUGCUUACAAGGGGACGAAGUGGGUGGGGUACGACAAUCCGGAGACAAUUGCAAUGAAGAGCGAGCUUCGCGUCACAGCCGCCGUACUACUCUCCAUCGCCAUCGCUUUGACUUUAAUACCCACCGCGCGAUCUCAACAAUGCUCGAGCUCCUCGCCGUGCAAUCCGCCGAGCCUGUGCUGCAGCAAGUGGGGCUGGUGUGGAAGCAACUCCUCCUACUGCGGUGCGGGAUGCAAGAACGGGCCAUGCUCAGCUUCCUUUCGCCGCAUCACCUACUUCCCCAACUGGAGCGGCAUCGACCCCAGCACCUUCCAAGUGAACCACUUCACUCAUAUCGUCUACGCCUUUGCUGCCAUCAGCCCUGUCAAUUACACUGUGGUGCCAUAUGAGUGGUGGACGGACAUCUAUCACGGCCUGUACACCCGCUUCACAGCAGCCAUCAAGGCCAAAAACCCAGCAGUCAAGUCAGUUCUCUCCAUCGGGGGUGGUGAUGCUGUCAGCGCACCGCGGUUCUCGUAUGUGUCAGCUACUAAAGCACGCCGCAAAAAGUUUAUAAACUCGGGAAUUGCGUUGGUGAGAAAGUAUGGGUUUCAGGGGAUUGACAUUGAUUGGGAGCUUCCAAAGGGGGUCCCGGGUCGGUUUUCAGCUUUGAUUUCCGAUUUUCGGGCAGCAAUUGAUGCCGAAGCUGCCCGAACACGUCGUGCGAAGCUCACGUUGUCGGCUGCUGUGACAGGGUAUGCGGGGGAGAUAGAUUCCUGCUACCAGAUGCCGACGCUUAACAAAGUGCUAGACUGGGUGGGAAUAAUGACGUAUGAGUUCCACGGGGAGUGGGACGACGUGACUGCGCAGCACACUGCUCUGGAAGAUAAGAAAAACCCGCUUCUAAGCAUCAAAGGCGCCGUUGCAGGUUUUAUCGCCAAGGGUUUGUCAAGAAGUAAGCUGGUGCUGGGUCUAGCAUCUUAUGGCCAUGUGUGGACACUCACGACUGCUGCAAACCAUGGUGUUGGGGCACCUGCUAAGGGAGGUCCCACUAUGAGCUACAAUGACAUUGUGAAGUUCAUCACGGGUGGAGCUACAGCUGCAUUCGAUUCACCAUCUUCGUCGAUGUAUGGUUAUAAAGGGACCACAUGGGUAGGCCCUGGGAGCGCAAGCACCAGUUCUGGCAGCAAUGCCAGUAACGGGGACCGCGGCAGCGUUUCGUUCGUCGGCAGCGGGGGAGUCUCUUUUUUCAAGUCUUUAUUCGACACGUCUCAAAAAGCGGCUACUAAGACGGUAGUGGUAGAGGACGGCGACACGCUGUGGGACCUCUCCGUGAAAUUCGGCGUGGAUUGCGAGCAGCUGCAGGCGUUUAACAAGCUGACAUCAGACACUAUUUACUCCGGGGACGUCCUUAAUAUCCCCGUCCCCCCCGCGCGCGUGUCCCUUUCUGAGACGCCGCAAAACUCUGCCGGAAACGCCUCCGCGCGCGUGUCCCUUUCCGCGCCCCCCCUCCUGACCCCCGCGCAAUCAACCGCUUCCCCUUCCCCCACGUCCUCCGCCUACCGAGAAGAGUCUCCGCAGCCAUGCUUACGCGUCAGCACCACCGCCACCUCCACCGCCAACUCCGCGGACGACAGCAGCCCAAAGGACCUUCGCGACAGCAGCGGGAGUAGCGGGAGCGCUGGAAGCGGCAGCGGGAGCGCUGGAAUCAGCAGCGGGAGCAGCAGCAGCAGUGGGAGCGCGGGGAGCGGCGGGAGCAGCGGGAGGGGCGAGAGCAGCGGGAGCGGCGCAAAUGCCUCGACUUCUAGCAAAAAACAGAUUAAGACCAAGUCAGUCCUAGUCCGCGAAGGCGACACGGCGUGGGACAUCUCCCUGCGCUUCGGGCUCACUCUAGACGAGCUACUAUCUCUUAACGCGAGCAUCCCCGACCCGCUAUACCCCGGCGACGAGCUGCUGUUGCCUGCAGACGCGGUGGAGAGGCCUCGCGCGCUGAUAGCGCUGACAGGCGUUAAGGCGAAGGUGAAGGGGACGAUGCGCAAUGCCAACUUCUGGGACGUGUUCCCGCCGCCCAGGAACAUCGAUUCCUACCGCAAGCGCUACCGAGUGCUGCUGGAUGCGAUGAGAUACGUGGAGACCAGCUUUAUUGAACCAGCCCCUGUGGGGGAUGACGGGUUAUCCAUCGGGCCACUGCAGAUCAGCAACGACUACCACACGGACGCCUGGUGGUUGGAGCACCGCCCGCCGCUGUGCUACGAGGACUGCCAUUGGUCGGUGGAGCACAGCGAGCGCACCGUCAUCAACUACUGGCUGCGCUACUGCCCCUGGUCCCUCGAAUUUAACGACCAUGAGACGCUUGCCCGCACGCACAAUGGGGGCCCGGGGUUCUACCGAUACAUCAAGACCGCCACUUACUGGCGAAAGGUGAAGAGUGCGAUGCGGCAUGCUGGGUGGUUUCGAGUAAUGCCUGAGUUUGACCCGCACCUAUCAUCAGCGCACUUGCAUCCUCACGGCAUUCUUCCGUUGUUCCAGAAACAUUUUCCCCUCUCCAUCGCCAUGUUGGAACCCCAGCCUCAUUCAGGAAUUUAUCAAAUCUAG